CGAGCAGAAGAAUGCCAAACAACACCAGCAGAUCCACCGAUAGGAGAGGAGAGAAGCCCACCCUCCUUUCCUCGUCUCCAUCGCCUCGCCGCCUCCGCCUAGGGCGCAGCAAUGGCGGAGGAGGCCACCCUCAGCCACCCCUCGCGCUACGUCAAGCUCACCAGGGACCAGGACGCCCCCGCCGAGGACAUCCGCCCCGGCGAGCUCAACCAGCCCGUCCACGUCCCGCAGCUCGAGGGCAGGAGGUGCAGCGAGUGCGGCCAGGUCCUGCCAGAGAGCUACGAGCCUCCCGCCGACGAGCCCUGGACCACCGGGAUCUUCGCCUGCACCGACGAUCCCGACAGCUGCCGAACUGGAUUGUUCUGUCCUUGUGUUCUUUUUGGACACAAUAUUGAGGCCCUUAGAGAUGAUAUCCCUUGGACAACUCCCUGUGUUUGCCAUGCUGUAUUUGUUGAAGGAGGGAUUGCGCUUGCAAUUCUCACAGCAAUAUUUCAUGGUAUUGAUCCAAGAACAUCAUUUCUGAUUGGAGAAGGUUUAGUGUUCAGCUGGUGGCUGUGUGGUACAUAUACUGGCAUCUUCCGCCAAGAACUUCAGAGGAAAUACCAUCUCAAGAAUUCUCCAUGUGACCCUUGCAUGGUCCAUUGCUGUUUGCACUGGUGCGCGAAUUGCCAGGAACAUCGUGAAAGGGAGGGCCGGCUUGCAGAAAACAAUGCUGUGCCAAUGACUGUUGUUAAUCCACCUGCACUGCAAGAGAUGAGCAUGUCAGAAAGCCGUGGCCCUGCUUCCCAGGGCAUGGAGAAUGGAGCACCAUCAACAUCAAAGGCUGAGCAUGGGGCGCCCGAGACUGAUCAUGAUGAUGUGGAGGUGAUACCUCUGUAGGUGAAUGAAUGAAAGAAAUGUAUUGGCACUGAAAAUAGGAUAGCAUCAGGCAUGAAUUGAUCUGACGAAUCCAUGGACGCUUUGCUUCGCGACGAUGUUCUUAUGUCAUCUGGAAUCAUCGUAGAGCACAGAUGGUGAUGCCUUUUUUGUACUACUUAAAACCUCAACUAUAAUUAACUGGAGAGCUGGCUGCCUGAGUACAUUGUACAGAGCAGCGU